ACAUGCUACAUACCACAUAUAUGUAUAUGUGCAUAAAUAUGGAUGUGGUUGGGCACACACCUAUCUAGACACCAUUGACUUGCCUGGUCAAAGAAUAAGGCUUAGACAUUUCGUGCCGGGGAAACGGUGCAGUUUAUCUUUAAGGAUGCUAGAAAAAUAAGAGAUGAGGCUCACGUUGCACGGAUGACAUCACUAGCUUUUGGCUGCGCGCUCCGGGUUCUCGUCUGUGGGUUUUAGCCAAGGCUGCAGCGCCCGGCGCCCGAGGAGCGAGUGCUGCAAGCGGCUUCCCCCGGCGCCCGCAACCGGGCGAUGCGAUUUCCCGAGCUCCCCGGGCGCAGCCUGGGCUCUCGCUCCCCAGCACCGGCCGAGCCCGCGCGGCCCUGGAGCCGCCGCGGCUAGAGCAGAGACAGGGAGGAGAAGCCCAGCGACCCAGCCUCCCUCCCCGUUGUCGCCCCAUUCACCUCGGCGAACACCUCGCGCCUGGAGCCUGCUCGUGGGACGCUGAGGCCGGGACGGGAUUCUUUCCACGCUGCCGAGUGAGCAGGCAUCUCGGCCCCUGGGUGGGCAGAGAAGAAAAUGGUGCAGUCUGAGAGCGACUGACCCCAGUUGGUCAGUGGUAGAGUGCCGGGGUUCAGGUGGUGGGAGAAGGGGGAAUGUUUUGAAGGGCCGAGGCAGCAGUUUUCUUCGGUGCCUGCUGCAUUUUCUUUGCACCUGGCAGUACGUUACCAGGGCUUCUCGGGAGGCAGAUGAAGUGAGGCGGAGGCGUCGCGGGAAAGGUCUGGAGGCUGCCGAGUGGAUACUCCAGGAAGAAGAGGGCGCUGGGGAGGUCGGCUGGACGCCCUGGGUGCUGGCUGCCGGGCGGGCCGGGCGCCGCGAUCGCGCGACCUGUCCAUGGUGUUGAAGGCGCUCUGCUCCGAGCUCCGCGCGCCCUGCGCUGUGCGCCCUGCCGUGUGCGCCCUCCUCGGCGCAGCCCGCCCCUCGCGCCCAUCGGGGGCCGCCCAGUGGCCGCAGACCUCGGGCCAAGGCUUGUCCGGGAGCGCCGUCCGGAUGACCGCGCUGUGGGCCCGAGGGGCCGCCUGAAUGGCCAGGCCCCACGCCCCGGGAGCUCGCGGGGAAAGGUCGGCCAACACCGUGCGCCCACCCGGAGCCCGCCUCUGAGUGCAGCUUGUUGGCCAGACGAAGCAAGGGACCUGCUGGUGACCAGAGCACGGAGAUUUUUAAAAGAUCUGACUCAGAGAGGAAGAGGAAGAACAUUUAUUUCUUCGCUUGCAGACCGGAAGGGGGAGAGCAUCUGAGAGGGAGACCCAGGCGGGACCCAGGGCAGCCGGCCCCGGCGUCUGCAGGGUUUCUUCGCUGGCCAGCGGCAUCACGCGUGUUUCAGUUCACCCUGCAGUCUAGCAGCUCCUCCUGAUAGCCGCCACCCUCCAGCCCCAGGAAAGCCGGGCGAGUGGGUCCCGUCGCCACCUGCCCAGAGCAGCCCAGCAGUCCCACCGCCGCGAGGGCGCUUGGCGUUUCGCUUCCGGCCGGAGGGCAGCUGCUCUCGGAGGCCGCCGGAGCAGGCGCUUCCUGAGGGGCAGGGAGGGGCGGGAGGUGGACUUGUCCCGCUCGCCGCCGCCCGAAGCUGCACCUGCCUCGGAGGAUGCCCAGGAGCCCGCCGGCGCCUCUCGGAAUCAGAACUUUUUAGGCUGCCGGCUCCCAUCCCCGCAGGCCCUGGGCCGCGCACCGGCGGGGGGGCAGAGGGGCCGCCGCGCCGUGAGCCCCCCUCCGUCCCCUCCCCCCUUGGCUCUGCCGCCCGCCGCUUUGUUCCGGGCGCGCGGAGGGAAGGCGAGGCUGCGGCGGAUCAUGCCCAUGGUGUAGCCCGAAGCGGAGGCAUGGCUGCCGGAAGGUUACUGCUCUACACGGGCCUCUCGCUAGCGCUCUGCGCCCUCGGCAUGCUGGCCGUGGCCAUCUGCUCGGACCACUGGUACGAGACGGACGCCAGGAAGCACAGGGACAGGUGCAAGGCCUUCAACACCCGCCGGGUCGACCCGGGCUUCAUCUAUAACAACAACAACAACUUGCCGCUGCGGGCGAGCCGCUCGCGCCUGGACCGCUGGGAGGGCAAACUCCUCCGGGCCCGGAAUCGCCGGCAACUCUUCGCCAUGAGCCCCGCCGACGAGUGCAGCCGGCAGUACAACUCCACCAACAUGGGCCUCUGGAGGAAGUGCCACCGGCAGGGCUUCGACCCCGAGAUCGCGGCCCUCAUUCGGAAAGGAGAAAUUGAGCGAUGCACGUACAUCAAAUACCACUACUCCUCAGCCACCAUCCCCAGGAACCUCACUUUCAACAUCACGAAGACCAUCCGUCAAGAUGAGUGGCAUGCCCUGCACCUGCGCCGGAUGACGGCUGGCUUCAUGGGCAUGGCGGUGGCCAUCAUCCUCUUCGGCUGGAUCAUCGGCGUGCUGGGCUGCUGCUGGGACCGAGGCCUUAUGCAGUAUGUGGCCGGGCUUCUCUUCCUCAUGGGAGGCACCUUCUGCAUCAUCUCACUGUGCACCUGUGUGGCCGGGAUCAACUUUGAGCUGUCGCGCUACCCACGCUACCUGUAUGGACUCCCCGAUGACAUCAGCCAUGGCUACGGAUGGUCCAUGUUCUGUGCGUGGGGGGGCCUGGGCCUCACGUUGAUCUCGGGAUUCUUCUGUACCUUGGCCCCUUCCGUUCAACCUGUCCCGAGGACCAACUGCCCUAAAUCCAGACCCGAGAAUGGGACAGUGUGCUGAAAACAAACCCAUACACACACACACAUAUAUAUAUAUAAAUAUAUAUAUAAUAUACAUAUAUAAAACAAAACUGAACCCAGCCGACGCCAGCACCAAGGUAGAGUUGAGUUGGCUCGGGCACCGCAUCUCGUCAGACUUCGUGUCGCCUCAUCACCAAUAGGGGGAAGGCGUACCCGUCGUGUGGCUCUUCCAUCAAUUCCUAACUUUUGGCUCCAUGGUUCCUUGAAGACAGAGCGAACAUCACCCCUCACAUAGCAUCUUGAUUCCUGUCACGCAUGAGGAUGGGGGCUGGGAGGGGAUGGCGCCAGUGGGCAGAAGCGGCAAGAUGGAGACGGAAGUGCCAUCCACUGGGCCACAGGUGAGGACCCCAGCCCAACACCAAUCAUGUCACAGAGAAACAGAGCCCUUGGUUCAUAGGAUGUAACCGAAUCUUUGAGGCCAUACAGAACCACUUCUCCUGUUCUUCCUAAUCUGAUUUCCUUCCUAGCCCACCAGUGACUCACAAGAAGUGGAAGAGAAAACAGACUGAGAAGGAAGUUUUUCUCUUUGCUGCCAAACUUUGGGACAAAGCUAUAGAGGUGGGAAGGGGGAGAUAACAAUACGCUGAGAGGCAAGAUCCACAUCAGUCAAAGGACACUUGAGUAAAACCCCGUCUUACCUUCCAGCUGCCUUACCCCAGUUAAACAAGAGGCCACCCUGCCUCUCACCCGCCUGCACCCCCCCGGGGCAGAUCGGAGCCUGGGAGCCACCCUGUGAAGGGUGUGUGGGUGUGUGUAUGGGCAUGUGUGCAGCCACUUUGGGUGGUUUCCUUUUUUCACCUUUUUAAGUGGAAAUCCUGCAUUAUGACUGUUGUCUCUUUAUCAUUUGUGUGGGCCUCACAGCCCAGGAUGGAGGCCCCGUGACCCAGGGAGAAUAAUGAGGGUCAGGCUUCUCUGGGUGCCAGUUCUGCAGCUGCAGCCCCCUGGCAUGUGUGGGGGGCGGGGGUGGUUUCUGAGUGUGGGGUUUUAUCGUCUGUGUUGAAUUUCUCUAUUAUUUUGAGUGCAACUGAAAUUCCCAGAGAGCAGAGCCAAGAACAGAACCACUGGGCAGAGGCCCCUGUGGCCCAUCACAUCACAGUUGUGGGACACCACAGGAUUUAGUCCUUUAGUUUUAAAAAUUCAAGACACAGCUGGGCACAAAAGCCAUGACAGAAGAGGGGGAGCAGUUGAGAAGGGAGGAGUGUCCAUCUGUUUUUAUUGUAUAGGUAUGUAUAUCAAACAGGACAUCUCACUCCCCAUCAUGGAGGCUGUCCUUUGUCACUGGACAUCUACCCCCUUCCCUAGGGGUGACCUCUGUACAGAUGAAGGAAAAUGGGUCACGUCCAGAGGACACCUCCAUGUCCCAUGGGCUCAAGUUUGUAUGAUAUUGUGUAAAUCAAUGGAGAACUCUUAACUCUUUCUAUCUUCUUCCUUUUCCUCUUGAUAUUCAAGGCCAUGAAUCCCAAAAUAGCCAUCUUAGUGGCUAGCACCCAAAUAGAGGUGGCAUAAAUCCAGCCCAGCAUCUCAGGCUCAUUUGAGCAAAUUGCCACUGCAGGUGUUGGCAGGGUACAGAGCCAGAGAGUUGUGAAAGCUGUAGGGACAGGAGUCUGCCAGAAAGAGUAGACAGGAGCCGCUGACAGUCACCUCAGUGACCCUGAGCCGCUGAGCAGCCCCGGGAGGCAAGGAGAGAAUCCCCGAGCUGCACAGCCGUGGGUCACCUGUGAGCCAAGAAUCCAGUUGCUUCGUAACUAAGUCCUCUUUGGGAAGUUUGCCGCCCACGCACUCUGUUUCAUCCACCUGUCUUCUAUCUUCUUGUGUCUCCUCCACUUGCUCUCACCUACUAACUACUCACCUUCUCCCUCUCCCGUCCACCAGGCCACAAGUCCUGCCUAUCUCCUCAUCUGCUCUUUCUGACUGUGUGUGUAAAGUUCACCCCCGGGUAGGACAGCCCAUGUGCAUGAAUAGCCAGAAUGUGCGGCCCUGUAUGUGAGUAUUUCUCUGGCGCAUUGUGUGUAUGUUUGUGUCAGUAGGUACCUGGAUGCAGGUGUGAGUGUUCGAUUCAAGACUUCCUUGCCAGUGAGACUGGUCACCUUCUGCAGGCCUCACAUGUGGAUGUGUGGGGAGAGGAGUUGUGUUGUAUAGCAGGAAAUCCUGUUAGCUUCUAACUGAGCUUCUAAGGAUUUUUUAAGACAAAGGAUUUAUUCUAUGAGGAGGAAAAUAAUUUUCAGGAAAACCCAGUUUUUCAAUUGCAUAGGGAAUUUUUUAAAAUUUUUCUUUGAAAAGUUGGAUUUCUCUCUUAAGGGGAAGGGCAUACUUGGGCUUGAAGAAAAGUGACAAGUAUCUCAGAUGGAGAGGCCUGUGUCUUCCUUCUAAGAGCCUUUGGUGGGCUCUGCCAGGCGGGGAGAGGCAGGUGUCCCCACACAUCCAUUUGGGGCAGAGGGCUAGUCUGCGGCCAGACCCAGAUUCCAGCUCUUUUCCUGUUGCAGGAAAAUAGGGAGAGAAAUUAUAUAUCGGACAAUUUGCUAUCAAUAAUUAAACUUUUCUUAAGUAACCAUGUUUGAGGAUACUGCCUUCACCAGCCUGCCAUUAUUUAUGCCUUCAUUUAUAUCCCAUGCUUGCCAUAAACAGAUCAUGCACGCUCUCCAACUACUAGUCUUUAUGAUAGAUUUCUCACGUGGCCUAUCCCUUCGAAGCCUUCCUGAAAUUUGAGGAAGACUCCAAGGAAAGAAGUAAACCACCUUGACUCAACCCACUGUCGGGGGAGCAGGAGCUUUGAGCUGCUGUUUUGGUAGUGGGACCAGAGAGGUACAGAUGCACACACUAGGGGAUCUGAACCUGCUUGGGGCCAGUAAAAGCCCAGCUACUAGGCUAGGGUGGGUGCCCCAGAGAACAAGUCCUGGCCAGGGGGAGAACUGUUAGGUGGCCUUGAUCCCUCCAGCACAGAGGCCUCACCCCAGAUUAAGACAUGCUGGUCCAAGCUGUUACUGACACUUUCUUGCUAUAUGACGUGGCUGAGGAAGAAGAGAAGGAAGAGGGGGCCCCAACCUGCAAGAGACAGUUUAGGCCAGACUCUGCUGACUCCAUAUCAAAGUAAAAGCCAACCUUCUGGUGGGAUAUGACUGCGGCAGCCUCACUGAGCACCGAGCCCUCACAAGUGCACACACAGGUCUGUGCCCGUGCCUGUAUUCUGAGCUCCCCCAGGUCAGCCCCUCGACCAGGGAGGCCAUUUCAGCUUUUAUUUCCUUCCUUACUCUAUGGGAGUGGGGUGUCGGCCUGGAAAGAGGGCCUAUUGCUGUCUCUCUCCGUUCUGGGAGUUCAGGUUUCUUCUUCUGUUUCCUUUUCUCCUCUCCACCCACUGCACUUGCCCUCCGCAUCAGCUUUGCACAGUUAGAGCGGUUAGGGGCUGUGUCUCUGGAGAGGCUGACGUACUCCCAGCAGCCCCUUCCUUAUCUGCCAGGGCUGUAGGUCUCCUAAGGAGGUCUGCGGCUCCCUGGCAUCAAAACAGAAGAAAUUUUAAAGUGUGCCUGUUCCAGCUUUAAUCCUCCUUCAACCCCUAGCCUUUCAACAGCAGUGCCCUUCCAACUCCGGGGAUCCCAGGGUCACAAAGAUUCAGCAACUCCACCAAACACAGAGAAGCCCCCCUCAGCCGCACGUCCCAGCGCAGCGCCUGGAGCCCUGGUGCUGCACUAGGUGUUCUCUCGUCACGGGGAGAGGGCUUCCCCCUAGCACGCUUGCCUUCCUUUUGACAAGGGAAGAAGAAGAAAUUCCAAAACUGAGUCUGGGCCCUAAGUCUUACUGUCCAUCCACAGCCAUGAAAAGAGGUCUACAGCGACGGGCCCACACACCGCUGUCCUGAUUCCGGGAGGAUGGGCCGCUUUGGCCCUAAAGCUGCCCACCGGGGUCAGGUUCAGAAUCCUCAGGCACGUCACCCAGAGGCACUUAGAACCAGCUCUGUCUUCACCUGGCUUAUUCUGGGCGGGAAGUGACCCUCAAGCCUCUGAGGGGGAAGGAGCCGGAAAACCACACUGUGGUCGGCUUUGGUGCCAUUUGUGUGGGAUGCUUGGUGGAUUCUCGUAGCUUAAGUGAAACUGCUUUUCUGAAAACGUUCCCUCUGCUCCAGGGACCAGCCAUCACCCUGGACACAUCCAGCCCUUCACAAGUCCCAGUGAGAGGUGAUCUCACUGCAGAUGAAAACAGUCGGUACACACCAGCCAGGCUGGCUUCUCUGCUGUCGUCUAGGCGGCAUAGGUAUCAUUAAUAUACAGUUGCAUGAGCAACAUUACGGUUACUAGACUCCCCCCAUUAUCAAGUCCCCACCACACACCCCAUUACAGUCACUGUCCAUCAGUGUAGUGAGAUGCUAUAGAAUCACUACUUGUCUUCUCUGUGCUAUACUGCCUUCCCUGUGCCCCCCACCCACUACAUUAUGUGUGCUAAUCCUAAAGAAAGGAACAGAUUUCUUUCCCUAUAAAGCAGGUCCACCUGAGUUGAUGGAUGCAGAAGAUUCUGGUGUCCCUCAAAGAAGUCAACUCGAUGGGCUUUGCCGUCUCUCCACUGAUGCCUCCAUGGUGCAAAUUGUCUCUUAAACAUCAUUGUUAGUUCUUGCACUACAUUUUUAUAGGCUAUUGAAUUUUUUUCCUCUAAAUAAUACAUGCAAUACAUACAUAAUAAUAGAAAACAUACAUAUUAAUAAUAAAAAUAAAAUACAAAAAACAGCUAAAGGUUUGUUCAUAAUCCCACCACUCUGAGGCAUCACAGUGGUUACGGCCCCAUCACCCCGCCCUCCCCAGUCAGUGGGUGUCUCUGGGUGGGCAGUCGGCGCCAGGAGUGCCAUCCAUGACCACAGACCACGCUGACCUGCAUGGGGUUGACCCACAGGGCUCAGCACCCACGGAGAGCAAAGAGGCUUUUGAAAAAGCUCAAUGCCAGAGCUUAGGGGCAGGGGUGGAACAGAGGUAAAAAAUCCCUACUUUGGGAUUUCUUUCUUUUUUGUCUUGAGUGCCAUGCCAACCUGACGAUAGGUGUAAGAGCCCUGAAGCCCGAGUAACUCACUAAUUAAGCUGCCCUUGUAUAACACAGUUACUGUAAUUUCAGCUGUGCACUCAAAUGAUGUGUGACUCUGGGCACUCUGUCUUCUCCAUACUUGAACUGCCUCAUCUAUAAAAUGAGGAGAGUGAUAACACUUUACCUCAUGGUAUAUUAAGGGUGACAAAGAGAUGGCAAAAUGAUUUGCGAACAUGAAGUGUCACAUAAAUUAUGCACUGUUCAGAUCAUCCUGCAGCAGCAGAGCCCCCGAGUGGAAUCCUUCCAGGCAGUGUCCAGCAUCGCUGCGGAAGGCCCCCUGGAGUGAGAUGUCCUCUUGGCCCCAGAGCAGGACUGUUUACCCAGUUAAGCACGAGGAUUCAAUUCCUUCAGGCCCCUCAGAGAAGGGAGUUCUUAACUUACCCAUUCUCAGGCUUCCUGCCUUUUGUCCAAAGCCAACUUUGCAAAGCCACUUGUAAUCGCUUUUGAUUAUACCCAGAGGUGAUGGAAUGCGUAGCAUAUGGUGCAAACAGCACACGUGAGCUGAAAACAGUUAGCUGUUAACCCAGGCACAUGGUCAAUGCCUUUUUCUUAAACCAUCCUUCUAAUACUAUUUCUAGCUGUUCAUGCUUAAGUGGUGGAAGCAAAUCAGAUUUUGAAACAUUUUAAUGGCCUUCUAAGUUUCAGGUGGGGACAAGUUUCAAGGAACUGGGGUCUUUCUUUCUCUUGUCAGUUGGCAAAGCAGCUGGCUUCAUCAGAAGCUCAUGGGUUCCUAAAGGAAGUCCUCCGGAUGGAGCAUUCUCUAGCGUUCUGGGGUGAUCCUGUUUGGGAAAAAGACAAGGUUGCACUUCCAAGUGGGUCUGCACUCUUUCUGCCUUGCGGAGGAUGGGGUUUCAGUGUUAUGGUGAGACCUUCUGUAAGGGAAGUCCAGGCCCUUGCUCCCUAGAGGGCCAGUGCCCAACAAGGAACGGCGGAACUGCCCACCUGGAAGGGGUGUUUGUUACUAUUAAGAAACAGAAACGGGGUUGCACAGCAGCAGCCCAAACCUGGCCUCGCUUUGACAGACACCAGCCUCGAUGUGGCUGGUGUAGACGAGCAAUUGCAAGUCCUUCUGUAUCAUUUCCAGGGACUGGGCGCUGCUCCUUGGAGAAGGCUGUGUCCCUCUCUCCUGUCCCCAUUUCUCCCUCUGGCUGGGCCCUUCCCUUCCUUUCCCGGGUGCCUGUAGACCCUUUGUAGCCUGAAUGUGUCGGUGUGUCUGUUGUUGUGGAUGUAAUGAUGCCUUUCACAGAAAGAGCUUUCAUGAACUCAUUCUUACACCCUUUCCCAUUUCCACCCGUGGUGUGACUCUUUUGCUAUCCAAGACUAUCUGUAAAAAUGUACAAAUAAAAAUUGAAGCUGAAAAUAGGGGGAGGGAAUCAAGACUGAUCAAAUGCAUUGAUGUAGCCCUCAGUUUUCUGAGGACUUAGGGGACUGCCCUGAAAUCCUGACUCUGGGUGGGAUUUGAAGGGAGGGAAGCCAUUGGCACAGAAGUUUUUUUCUGGUUGUUUCUGAGAGUCCCUAGUGUCUGCUUGGAACUCUCUGUUCUGAAGGUUUUUGCUUUUAAAGUUCAAUGUUUUCCAAAAAGUGAAAGGAGGUCAUCAAACUCUGCAGGGUGAAGGUCAUCCCCAAGGUUAACACGGAGAACAGCUCCUGGGGUCGCUUUAGCAACUUGGUCUCUGGCUCACUCGGGACCUGCAUCGAAUCUUCUUACCUCACUAUGUCCCAGCGUCCUCUCAGCCAAACGGAGCAGGGGGACUUUCGGGGCUCCUGGGGCACCAAGUCUCCUUGGCCAUUCUGCGGCUGUUUUUAGAGAGGCUCCACACCCGUUCUGGUGUGCGUGCUGCACCGAGGUCCAUUCUGAGAGCUUCCCCCCAGCUGCUCUAGCCGCGCUCUUUCACUCCUCAGAGAGUAACCUCAAGCUCACAGCCAGUUUGUGCUCGGAGUCCAAGCCUUUGACCUACCUUUUCAUUCUCAGAUGCCUUUUCCCACCCACUUUGAUGAUCCCCUUUUAAGGACAGAGCUUUGCCUCUGGGGUAGGAGAAAGGGUAUCAAAGGAGAUGCUGAUAUGCAUUGCUUUGUAAUCUCGGAGC